AUGUAUAGGCAGAACUAUGGUCAGAAGUCCAGCUGUGAGGUACAAAAUACGGACAUGGACCGACAGAUGCAGCAAUAUACCAUUGACCUGGUAACUCAGGCACUGAAUAGGUACCCCGUCGAACAGGAAGCGGCGGCUUACAUAAAACGGGAGUUCGAACGGGAGCAUUCUAAGUACUGGCACUGCAUAGUCGGAAAGCAUUUUGGAAGGUGAGUCAGUCUGGGCCACAGAGUGGUUCAAAAUAUUACGUUCUCGUUUUUCGGCAUUUAUCUUGUCUGUCUAUUCUUUGUUAUAACUUAACUCCCUUCUCCACGUUUUAUUAGUCAACCUUCUAUGUCUAGUCACGCGAUUUGAACAUUGGAAAAAAAUCGAACUUCAAAAGUCCACUGUGCUGGACAGAGCAGCCACUCAAAUGCACUUUAACAGUAAAAUGCUACUCUAAACUCGAAGCAAAACACAUUUUAGAGCCAAGAAACAAAUUUUCAUUGCCGAAUUGUCGGAUAGGGAAAGUAGUUUGAUACAACAAGGACUGAAAGUGAAAUUAUAUUAUGUAUGCAACUGAAAAAUAAAUAUUACGAAGUUCUGCCUCAAUGCAAUUAAGGAAGGACUCCUGUGAGAAGCCAACACAGACAGAUCGGAAUACCUAGCUUUUUAUUUUAUCAUCGGCGCAAUUAAAAUGUUCAGGUAAUAUGGUCAUUUACAAUGAAAAAUAGGGCAAUGUCUUGUCUGAUUAAAGUGAUCAUUCAUAGCAAAUCACAUGUACCUGUAACUAAACUGAUUCUGUAUUUUAGUCAAAACUCUGUUUUAUCCUCAUAAUCUCAACAAAUAUGGUGGCUGAAAUUUAAUCUGGGCGCGGUUAUUGAGCUUCUGGUGCGUUUAACUACUCGUCUUGUCAAUGUUGAUGACACUAAUGAGCUACUAUGGUUAGAAAUCGUGUGGCGAGGAAUUUCAUUCAAACUAUGUUUGACGGCCUGUUCUGGGAGGAAAAUUGUCAAAACGAGUCGAUAUGAACACCUAUGAGAAUAUUUUACCGAUUAUUUACGUUUACUUCCAGCAGAUUUGUUUCUGUUUAUUAAGUGCUGAUUGGGUUCCGUCCCUCUUAAAGGAGAGGCAUUCUUUGUUGCAUGAUUGAGCUUAAGGCGCACCAGAGAAAUGAAGAUAGGAGAGCAAACCAUCAGGUUUCAUGUGAACUUUUGAGUGGAGGUCUAACACUGGCAGAUGGGAUUAUUGAUCAGGAGAUUAGUACGUUAUAAAACUGUCUUAACUAGUGGGCGGUUCGAAACUUUGCAGCUUCCUCCUCUCUUUGACCGAAGAUUAAAACUUGUCAUCGCCCCCAUUUUUGUCGCCAUUUGUUCCUCCAUAAGAUGCAAAUGAUUUUGACAGCAAAAUUGGAAUGAAUAUCCUCCAUCUGACUUUGCUUCCGUUAAGGCAUUUGCAAAAUCAUAUCUACGGUAGCUAAAGAUUGAAUGCAAAGUGCCACUGACUUGCAGUUUUGGAAACUGAUACGCCGACUGUCACCUUCUAUUUUGGGGAAAAGGGAAGAUUGUCGUUUACGGAUGAACUACGCUAUCUUAGCUUUUAAAGGGCCAAUUACAUUCCGCAUUUGUUUUCAUAAAGUGGAUUUCAAUUUUUUCGUAAGUCUCUAGACUGCAUACUAGGUAAUUUCAUUAAUGCUGCUUUUAUCUGUCCAUUAUUUCCCCAUAAAGAAGUCUCUUCGUAUUCUUUGCAUGCUGGCAUAUACAGCAAAUAUCUUGUAGUCUUAGAGCAGCAUUAUAAAACUGCGGACAUGAUGGUGCGUAAAUAAUCAAACGCGCUGCCUAAAACUCGUAAUUAAAAGCUUCUGGAAGGUCCAAGUGCCACGGCUCUGUUUAAAACCAAGAUAAUGUGUACGUUUUUACAAAAAUAAUAGGGGAAAUGGCAUUUUCCGUAUAUUUUUUCUUGCAGAUACGAUAAUGUUUACAAGGGUCGUAACAAUUCAAUAGUUUACGUUACUCAACUAGGGAUUUUCCUUGGGCUUGACAUUUAUGGGCGUCUGAUAGAACCAUCAGUCAGGGAUCAGCAUGCCAAACAACGUUCAUCUAGAAUUAAGUUCUUACUAAACAACACAGUAAUCCUACCAGAGUGUUAUAUUCUCCUUAAACUUAUAUUUAAUAAUUUUGAAUAAUGCUUCACGUGCGUGCUUUUAUGACCAAAAUCUAUCUAAGGAAUACCACACUCCUCUCCCAAUUAUCUGUACAGAUUAGUUAGGUGAUCACGAUGAGUAUUGUGCCUUUAAAAUUUCACAAUAGCAGCCAUCACGAUCAUCAAAGAUCGGACUGGUUUUGGUUGAGGAUGUAAGGGAGCAGGAAAGGGGACUAGAAAUAGCGUUGGCAAAGUCCCACGAAGAAAUUAAAUAUAUUUAUGUCGUCUGACCAGGCAGUUUUGGUGGGAAGGCCGAUAAGACACGCUUCUUAAACUUCUUAAUUUUCCUACAGGUAGCCGGAAGUUUUCCGCUAAACAUAACAUGAUCUAACGGCCCUCGUAGCUGACAGUUUUGCCAUAUGACUCGCCUCGUAGGGCGACAAUUUCAGUCUGACGCUACCUGACUCAAUAAAGCUCUAAUGAGCUUAGUAGCAGCACCAUGGUAGUUGCUUCGAUUGGUAGCUGGCACUCCGUUUCAGCGCAAGCGAAACUGCGCGAGAAACUUGGUUCGAUAAUAGGAUAUAAAACAGUCAUGGCAUGGAAAAUGUAUACAAAAAGUUUCUGUCUGGCUAAUCAAUGCACCCUUGACCAUCUACAGUGAUCUCAGCCUAAUAUUGUCACAGGAAUAGGGGAAUGUGUGAACAGAAAACGUCGCUUACCUUAUAUAAGCCUGCUUUACUAUAAUCCGAUCUUUUCUUGGUUCACCGCGGGGAUCAAUGUCGGCCAGAGAGGAUUAACUGCCAUCAUGGUGAGUUCUCAGAUACCAGGAAACUAUCCCGAGCGUUUGCUGAAUAACGCGUCAACGAACCCAGCGCGUUCCCUGGGUGUCACUUGCACAUAAAUUAUUAGAAACCGGGAAAAAUCAGACUACGUACCUGGGGGACAAUUUAUUUAUCUGUGUGCCGAAAAACUGGUAGGAUGAAAACAGGCAAAUGACGAGCUCAGAAACAUGAAAUUUGCGGAUAGUAAUUGUCCCUCUUGAUAUCGACUGACUGGUAUCUUUGAUUAAUUGACGCUUGCAAGAUCCUCGACCAUCUCGAACUCGUAAGGUAUGGGCAGCGACGUAGAAGUACUGAACAAGUAUCUCCCAUUCGAGACGGACUUCAGAACCAGGUAAUUGUGUGACCAACUGUAAACCGCUCCUCCGUGAAGUUCUCAGUCAGGUCAAUCCCACUGAAGUUGUGUCUCACGUAUACUCUUGCAAUAUCCUAGAGCGUAAUUGACGGAACUGAGUCUGUCACAUAGUUGAUUAAGAAUGGAAGAAGACAAUGCCCGGCCUAUGUCACCGUUGGGGGGAAAAUACUCCACCAUGCACCGCAUGUCAGAAUGUUUGUCUGCUUGAAUUUCCAGUGUAUCUUAAUCAAGACGAAGUGACUUAGGAUCAGUCAUCAGCUUUCAGGGCUCUUCAGAUAAUACUUCUGUGAUUUUAAUUAAACGAUGGUGCAAAAGCAAUAAAACACGUGAUGUUCUCCCAAUUAAUUUAGCGUCCUUGUCCUGGAAUCCAUUGCAGGGGAAAUGUCUUCUUAACGUAAUCUCCACCAGCACCGAGGACAUCUAAUUUUUUCCUUAUGUUGAAUCCUGUACCGGUAAUUUUUGUUUUUCAACAGGCAGCGCAACAUAGUUCAUCUCGUGAGCCAUAUUUGAUGCCGUAUGCACACGAAACCAUGUUAUCCUAGCCGACUACUAAUUAUGUUUAACACCACACCAAUUUUGCAUUUUCUCCUUGGUUUUGUUCCUUCGGAUGCGUUAGGUAACUCUAAAUAUUGUUAUUGCCGCUUACCUAAAUUUUUUUCAUACUUGCCAUACACAUUGUUUUUUAUGGCGUUAUUGUAACCAAAAGGGAGUUCAAAGACGCUCGUCUACCUUUCCCUUAAUAAAUAUGAUCUGAUCUGAUCUGAAUUUCCUGCCGGGAAAAUUUAGAAAUUUGGACUGAACAACGCCGCAACUUGCUCACUCACAUGUCUUUCGUCCAUUUUCUCGUCCGUAUGACCACCGCACUCUCUUCGUCGUCCGAGUUAGUCACUAACAUUCUAUUUUUAAGUCAGUGGGAGAUAGCGGUUGACGAGGGAUUUUCCGUUAGCUUGGUGGUCGUUAGAUUCCCUCUGCCAGUAUAUCUUCUAGUUCCUUGCAAUCAGUUUGGAGUCGCUUGAAGGCAAUUAUUGAACUCAUCUUUUACAUUCUUACUACUGCUUCAUAUCGAGGCAUAGGCAGUAGCCAGCUUAAUGUCAGAAAUUCCUUCCUCUAUCCGUAUGUGAACAAUAUGAGAAGCGGCAGAUUUCCAUGCGCCAAACUCCUUCGUCAUUUUAUAGCGUAUAGGAGACUGUACCCAAUGCCUACCCGGACCAUCAUGCAUACUAAUAUGGUAGACGAUCUCUCAUCCUGGAUUCUUUUUUGGCCGUGUACCAAAAACACAGGCAGCGAAACUUUAUAAAUACCGACAAUAUUGAUUUCGGAACCAGAAGGUAUGCUCAAUGUAUAUUCUCUGUGCGUGUUCUCAGACAGCUUGGAAAUUCAGAAGCUACACACAAAAGGAGACUUCCCCUAACCUAGCAUAUUCACAUUGGUUGGAGUUAUGACACUUUUUUGCUUACUUUGAACAGAAAAUCUACCCUUUCUACGCCCUUGAGCAUCAUGCUACAAACAGGGCGGGUGAACCAUUGUUCUUCAGCAGUCUAUAAACCCGUUUAUGUCUUGGUUAGUCAAGCAGUUGCUGCAAAAGGCAGAUUAUAGUGGUACUGCUUCCUUCAUUUCCGGUAUUUUUUGAUAAGCACUUCAAACCCUCCCUCCAGCCUGUCAGUUUCAUAUCUCAGACAGGUAGCGGAAAUCUUAUAUGGUGACGACGAUCGUCAUCAUAUCGUUAUUCAACUGGAGCUUUUGAGCCUUUAUAAACGAUGCAUCUGUCAGAUCGGUGUCCGGUCGCACUUUGGGAGUAUUACAUCUGCAUGGUUCUUGAGUGCUUAUUUCAAAGGCACUUCCUACAGAAGAAGGUCGUUCGGUUAUCGCAACCCGUGAGUGUUUAGGGCAAUCCGCAGCCUAGCCGCCGGAGAGAUUUCAGUCUCUCAACGCUCCAAUUAUUCCUAAUCUCCACUCUUUCCUAAUGAUAAUGUUGCUUAAGUAGUUGGGAAAGAUCUCUACAGUAGAGUCCUUGUUUUGGGGUCUCUUUGCGAGAGUUUCUUUCCAAAUCUUUGUCUACAGUAGUACUCCUCUCCUGUACUAAGCAGUCUUCAGUCAUUAUGCACUGUAAUAUCGACAGGUUCAGUUUGUAAAUGUCGAAAUCCGUAUUUACCGGGAGAAAUAAUAUGCUCUUCAGGAAUGAUAUCAAGGGUUAGAAUAAUCAUGAGAAAUAUUGGUGUAGUUUACCGAAACAUGACGAAAGACUAGUCCCAGGAAGUAGUUUAAAGGAACCAGCCGAGAUCACCGUUUCUGCCUCAGGUGUUGGCUUUGAGUAAGAAUCUGGAAAAUCAAGUCAGCAGAGUUCUCGUAUGAGCAAACAAACUAGCGUCUUCUCUAGAGUUUUUUACUUAUGGUGAGAAUAGAUCGGGAGGUGUUUUCGACAUCUGAGCCGUGACAUCGAAGGUCCCAUCAGGUUAUCCGGUAAACACUACAAAAUUUAUCUGUAGUAGGUGUAUUUGUUUAAUUACAGUGGACUAUUUGCGCUGUACCACAAAUAUUCCACUAGACAUCGUGCAUUUUCCAUUCUAUAUACCUAUGGCAGUAGCUACUUUAUUUGGCGGGAUAACGUUGAUGUUAUCUCACUGCACUUAACAAUCGAUAAAGAGAGUUCCUCGAUUUCGGAGUCCCUGUUUAGGUAAAAUAAGGCCCGACGUUGGUAUCUGGUCUCAUUAGCAAAUCUCAUGAACGCAGAAAAUCCUGUUUGAGCAGUUUUCCUACUGGAUAGCAUAGGCGACUUCCAUAUAUUGCAGUAAGUUGGGCGGGUAGCUUAAUCUAAUUACAAAAACUGCAGGUUCUUGUCCGGAUCUUAGUAACCCAGGUGAUUAGAACGUUGGUUGUUCUCAAACAUUGUUCUUUCCUUCGUGGAUUCGAGUCCCUCCGGUUUUAUUACGGUUUAGUAGUCGAUCAAGCAAAUUCUGUGACUUUUUUUAAAAAAAAUUGCACUUGGAAAAUUUUUGAAUCUGCAUGGAAAUCCACUAAUACGUAUCCUUAUUAAUAAAAGCUCGUUUUAAUUUUGCUUUCAUAUAUCGUCCAAAAAAUAUAUAUUGGCCUUAAAUUGCUAAAAGGAUUUUUUAGAGAUUGGUCUAAUUUUGGAAGGAUUGUCCAAUGUUGUUUAAUCAGUUAAUCUUAUAUUAAAGUGGUUUCCCGUAUACCGCAAAGGUGUUUUCGAUAAACAACUUUUUAUGUAUGCGUGUCUUAAAGGGUUUAUAUUGAAUAUACAAAUGCGCGCUCCAUUCCCAAAGAAAGUGCGCAAAUAAAACUUUUCUAAACAUGCGGGAUAGUUCAUAUCCUUUUCCAACUUCAACUACCUAGCCUUGCUUUAUCAUCAAGUGGUUCAUGAAUUUGCAUGCUUGUGUUGACAAGUAAUUGAACUACGAAUUAAACAUUUUACACAUGUCGAACAGGCUUCUGGGCUAAGCGGUAGUACUACUUACAAUCUAAUGUUGUUUAACACUUACAUCUCUCUGGACAAUGUCUUAUGUCACUUAACCUAAUGCUGAUCAAAACCGGCAGUUUCGGCCUAGGGAGACUUAACUACCACAGCUUCACCACUCUAUUAGUAAACCAAGACACCCGCUUAGCAGCAUGUACUAGGUAUUUGUGGAUUUAAAUGAUACAUCUGUCAUUUAUGCAGGGUCAAAAGUCGCAAUUCCAACGAAAUAUGCUUCUCAUUCCCACGGAAGACACUUCAGUGAUUCGUACAGCUUAUUAUUUUGAGAGAACAUGGUUAAGGUUGAAAAGAUCACCGCUUAACAAAGAAUGGACAAGCCACACCCAAGAUCAAUAAGAAAGGUGUUUUCGUUGCAAAACGUUUAUUGGUAGAAUGUUUUUACCGACGAAGUCAAGAGAGACUGAAAUGGCCAUUCCUGGUUUAUUAGCCGUCGUCAGUCAGCCAGACCCAAACUCGAGGUGUGGAACAGCUGGGGCUCUACAUCGCGACCUGUUAGUUAGAAGUCCAACGCCUCUAACCCCUGAGUCACGGGCUCGUUGCCUUGUCAGUUUCGAUCGGGAAUAUACAAUGGUAGAGGUGCGUUCACCGACCAGGUUUGCGGAAUUCACUCGUUCCGUUGUGCCUUACGGGCUGUCACUCGAGCCCAACCAGCAGCCGCAGAGCGGCUCAUGAUAUAGGCAGAGUUCCGUUAGAACGAUCGAUGAGCGCCCCCUUCUACCAUUCUAUAUUUCCGAUCGAAACCGACAGGACAACGGGCCCGUGACUCAGUGGUUAGAGGCGUUGGACUUUUAACUAACAGGUCGCGGGAGAGAGCCCCAGCUGUUCCGCACUUCGGGGUUGGGUAUGACUGGCUGACGACGGCUAAUAAACCAGAAAUGGGCAUUGCAGUCUACCUUGUCUUUGUCGGUAAUAACAUUUUGCUUAUAUCAUGCGCCGCUGUGCGGCUGCUGAUUUGGCUCGGGAGAGAGCCCGUAAGACACAACGAAAUGAGUGAGUUUCGUAAGAACGAUCGGUGAACGUCCCUUCACCAAAACGUUUAUUCCUUUGCUAUUUCAGUAAUAGCAGUUUGUAUUAACAAUAAGGUAUCCUCGUUUCCAAAUAAGUAUUAGUUUCAGAACAGAACACAGAUUUUCGACCGCGAAGGCUCUUCACUUUAGGGUGAUGACCUUUUAAAGUGCAUAUCAACUUUGCUCUGCGCAAAGUGCGUCUAAAAAUAUUUUCGGCUAAUACUCGGAGUGCUAUCAACUGAAAGUGCCAUGGUAGGAAACCAAAGAACGAAAUCUGCGAUACGGCUUUUAUCUGGUCGGUUUGUUUCAGAUUACUUAUCUAAUCUGUAUUAUCAAAACCAGCAGUUCCUUUGACAUAAUGUACAAACCGGACAUGAAAAUGGCCUAUAAAUAUUACUGGAGAGACAAGAAAUUAACCACCAAUUAAUAACUAUGUGUGAUCUUAAAAAAGAAUGCUAAAUGAAGACCCAUGCACCGAAUCGGUAGCUCAGUGAUAUCACAGGGAAAUCAGUGUAAGUGAACUAUCCAUACGACAAAGUCAUACGUCUUAGCCGCCAAUUGCUCUCUCUAAUGUUUUGGUUUUUCUUGACGCUAAUCAUCGCGUCGGCUGUGCUUUCAAAGCGAAGAUCUUUUCCUUUUUCCAGCUUUGUUUCGCACGAGAAGAACACGUUCUUCCACGCAUUCUGCGGACAAUUGGCAGUGCUCAUCUGGAAGGCCGGUCGCGACUCCAAAUACUAA